GGUCUAUGUGCGAAUCUAACCUACAUAACCCUUUGAGUCUUUUUUCGUGAACCGAUCAACUUUUUUAGGGUUUUUGGCAGAAAAUAUCAUAAAAAUCCAGAUUUUAUCAUUAUUCCACUCCAGUUGCAAUGACGACUGUAGAACGAAAAGGCACCUUUAAAGUUGAGUACCUCCAGAAAAUUGAAAGAGAGGUUCAAGAGCGUUGGGCAGCGGAUAAAAUAUACGAACAAGAUGCACCAAAAGAGGCACGAAAGUCACCCGAUGAAAAGUUCCUUUGUACAUUUCCUUAUCCAUAUAUGAAUGGAAGGCUGCAUUUGGGCCACACUUUUUCUCUGAGUAAAUGUGAAUUUGCAGUCAGAUAUCAGGUGCUUAAAGGGAAAAAGGGACUGUUUCCAUUCGGAUUUCACUGCACAGGUAUGCCUAUUAAGGCGUGUGCAGAUAAAUUGAAGAGAGAAAUAGAGCUGUAUGGAAAUCCGCCUCAGUUUCCUGAUGAAGAAGAUGAAGUAGAAGUCUUAAAAGAUGAUAUCAUCCCAAAGGACAAAAGCAAGGGAAAAAAAAGCAAAGCAGUUGCGAAGGCAGGUUCUUCCAAAUUUCAAUGGAACAUAAUGAAAUCACUUGGUCUUAAAGAUGAAGAAAUUGUGAAAUUCUCUGAUGCGGACUAUUGGAUUCAAUAUUUUCCACCUUUGGCUGUACAAGAUCUGAAUAGAAUUGGUUUAUUUGUUGAUUGGAGAAGAACUUUUGUAACAACAGAUGCAAACCCAUUUUAUGAUUCCUUCGUAAGAUGGCAGUUCCUGAGGCUCAAAGAUCGCAAUAAAAUCCAGUUUGGUAAAAGAUAUACAAUAUAUUCUCCAAAAGAUGGGCAACCUUGUAUGGACCAUGAUAGAUCAGUGGGCGAAGGAGUGGCUCCUCAAGAGUAUACACUCGUUAAAAUGAAGAUUUGCAAGAUAGAUUCACCCGAAUUGAGAGAUUUGAUGAAAAAAAAGGACAUCUUCCUUGUUUGUGCUACUCUUAGACCAGAGACUAUGUAUGGUCAAACGAAUUGUUGGUUGCAUCCAGAAAUCAAUUAUGUUGCUUUUGAAUGUAAAAAUGGCGAAGUAUUCAUUUGUACUGAAAGAGCAGCUAGGAACAUGAGCUAUCAGGGUUUCACUUCAGUCGAGGGAAAGUAUGAUAUAUUAAUGAGAUUGACAGGACAGGACCUUCUUGGAUGCUGUCUCAAGACCCCUUUAACCACUUAUGAAUAUGUGUAUGCUUUACCAAUGUUGACUAUAAAGGCUGAUAAAGGCACUGGAAUAGUAACAAGUGUUCCAUCUGAUUCUCCAGAUGACUACGCUGCUCUGAUUGAUCUGAAAAAGAAACAGCCCCUAAGGGAGAAAUAUGGAAUCACCUUCGAAAUGGUUCUACCAUACCAACCUAUUUCUAUUCUUGAUAUUCCAGGUAUCGGAAGUUUGGCUGCACAAACACUUUAUGAAAAGCUGAAAAUUCAGAGCCAGAACGAUAAAGAAAAGCUUCUAGAAGCUAAAGAGCUGGUUUACAUGAAAGGAUUUUAUGAGGGUGUUUUACUGGUAGGCAAAUACAAAGGCUCUAAAAUCCAAGAUGUGAAAAAGAAAAUUCAAGCCGAGCUUGUCGCUUCUAAUGAAGCUGCCAUUUAUUACGAGCCUGAGAAAACAAUAAUUUCAAGGUCAGGAGAUGAGUGUGUGGUAGCUCUUUGUGAUCAAUGGUACCUGGAUUAUGGUGAAGAAUCAUGGAAAAAAGAAGCUGAAAAGUCUUUAUCGAAUAUGAACACUUAUCAUGAGGAGGUACGGAAAAAUUUCAUUGCAUCCUUGAAUUGGUUACGUGAGCAUGCAUGUUCAAGAACUUAUGGGCUGGGCACAAAGUUACCUUGGGAUCAGAAAUGGUUGAUUGAAUCUCUUUCUGAUUCAACAAUCUACAUGGCUUAUUAUACAAUUGCUCAUUUACUGCAAGGAAACAGUUUUAGAGGCGACAAAACGAACGUCCUUGGUAUUACUGCGGAUCAACUGACUCCUGAAGUAUGGGAUUAUGUAUUUUUCAAAGAUGCUCCUCUUCCCAAAACUUCCAUAAAAAAAGAAGCACUCGAUCAUAUGAAACGCGAAUUUGAGUAUUGGUACCCUGUAGAUUUGAGAGUAUCUGGCAAAGAUCUGGUUCAGAACCAUCUAACGUAUUUCAUUUACAAUCAUUGCGCCAUAUGGCCAAACGACGAAGCGAAAUGGCCGAAAGGUAUAAGAGCCAAUGGACAUUUAAUGUUGAACUCGGCCAAGAUGUCUAAAUCUGAAGGAAACUUCUUGACGCUCAGUGAAGCUGUUGAUAAAUUCAGUGCUGAUGGAAUGAGGUUAUGCUUAGCGGAUGCUGGUGAUUCUGUAGAAGAUGCUAAUUUUGUCGAAGCUACCGCCGAUGCUGCAAUUUUGAGAUUAUACACUUUUAUUGAAUGGGUUAAGGAAAUUCUCAAUAAUAAAGAGUCAUUAAGAACUGGAUCAACCAAUACCUUCAAUGACCAGGUGUUCACCAGUGAAAUGAAUAAAAAAAUCAUCGAAACCGAUGAAUUUUACAAUAAAAUGUUGUUCAAAGAAGCUUUAAAAUCUGGAUUCUUCGAACUACAAGCUGCUAGGGACAAAUAUAGGGAGUUAUGUUUGAAUGGAAUGCAUUUGGACCUUAUCCUUAGAUUUAUUGAAGUUCAAGCUUUGUUAUUAUCGCCUAUUUGCCCUCAUGUUGCUGAGCAUGUUUGGCGUUUAUUGGGGAAAAAUACCAGCAUUGUCAAAGCUCAGUGGCCAAAAGCUGGACCAAUCGAUGAAAUUCAAAUCAAGUCGUCUCAGUACCUCAUGGAUACUGCCCACACCCUUCGCCUUCAUCUUAAAACAUAUUUGCAAGGUACAAAAACCAAAGGGAAGUCAAAUACAGAUGCAGUACCCAAGCCAGACGUUGCGGAAUUGUGGGUUGCUAAAAUAUAUCCCCAGUGGCAAAGCAUCAUAUUAGAUACAUUGAAACAAAUGUUUGAGGAGAAGAAGGAACUACCCGAUAAUAAAUCAUUAUCUGUAGAAUUUUCUAAGAAGGAGGAACUCAAGAAAUAUAUGAAGAAAGUAAUGCCUUUUGUUCAAACCACAAGGGAGAAAUUGCAAAAACUUGGUCCUGUGGCAUUGGCGAAAACUUUGGAAUUUGAUGAAGCUGAUGUAUUGAUGAAUAACAGUUCUUAUUUGGCUAAUACUUUAGAUGUUGACGAAAUUAUCGUGAAAUUCACUGAUGAUCCUUCAGCAACAGACAAAAUGAAAGAAUGUUGCCCAGGUAGCCCGUUCGUUGUGUUCUCCUCCAAACCCAGUGUAAAAGUAGAAUUUGUUAACCCUGUUCCCAGUUCAGGGUUGUUCUCUUUAAGGCUGCCCAUAUUAGAUGGCGAUUCUUUGAAAGACGUUACCCAGAAACUGUCAAAAAAUGUGAAAAAAAUAAAGGAUGCAGAGGCUGUGGCUCUAUGGCGAUAUGAGGAUCCGGUUUUAGGACCAUUGAAAAUUCCAGUUUUUGGUGAACCAACGAAGGACAAAGUUCUGAUUGAAGCAGGCAGCACUUUUAAGGUUGAUGUGAAAACCAAAACAGUUCAUAUCGUGAACAACGGAAAAGAAUUCGAAUUAGGAAAUAAAGUGACAUAUUUGUUAUGAUAAACGAAUUUAAUUCUUAUUUAUUCAAUAAAUGUUUUAAAAUA